AUGAGUUCAGAACAACCACAACUAUCACAGCAAGUGUCAACUUCAUACAGACUUGUCCAGAAAAAGUAUUUCUGCCAUAUCUGCAACAAGAAUUUCAAAAAAAUGAGUCCAGUAUUCGAGAUGAAUGAAGUAGAAUGCCCAGAUUGCCAACAAACCUUUUGUGAGGAGAUCAUUUCUCAAAGCUAGCUACAAGACCAUAAUGGUCAAAAUAGAGUGCAUUCUAAUACAAACAGUUAGCAAGUAUAGUAAAAUAGAGCUUCAAGUAACCAAAGCUCCAACAGUUUGAAUGGGUAGGGGUAAUAACAACCUGCUAGAAAUCAAGAUAGAAAUCCAUUGAUCUUUUUAAAUGGAAUUUUCUCUCAACCCUAAAUUUUAAUCAGGCAAGCCCCUCCUCAACCUCAAAGAAGAGUUGUCAGAAGAAUUCUUACUGAAAUCAAUGGGUAAUAAGCUAUUAUUGAAUAAGAGUACAUCACUAACCCAGCACCUCAACCAUAACCAUUCAUGUUUAUUGAGUCUUCUCCAAUAAUAGGAGGAUUUCCCUCAAUGUUUGGCUUGAGUCCAUUUGACCUCAACUUCAGAUCCUCUAUGAAUGAUAAUUUUCUAGAGCAAAUCAUGAGACUUUCUAUGCAAGAUAGAGGAAGAUCAGGUAACCCUCCUGCUUCUUAACAAGCAAUCAGAAAUCUCCCAGAAGUUGAGAUCAAUGAAAAGUUCUGCAAGAAAAAUGAGUCUGACGGAUCUCUUGAAUACCCAAGAUGCACAGUUUGCUGUGAAGAUCUUAGUGAAAAGGCAACUAUGAUGCCCUGUGGUCAUUUAUUCAACAAAGAGUGCAUCGAAGAAUGGCUUAAGUAGCAUAAUCAAUGCCCAGUAUGCAGGUAUGAGCUUCCAACAGAUGAUGCUGAUUAUGAAGCUAGAAAAAUGGGAGAGAGAAAUACCUAAACUGCUACUCAACAAAGAACAACCACAACUAAUCAGAGCUUUGAGAGUAAUAACAGUCAAGCAAACCAAUGA